UACGGAACGCCAAUAUCAACCCGGCCCCGGCAUCGUCAACAGAUCAAAUGGCCAAAAGACUCUAUUUAGACUUUUCACAUCACCCACGGCAGUGGGCACAAAGACUAUUGUCGACCCUGCGCCGACAAGCGGCGGCAAGAAACUGCCGUUGCAGGGAAUCGUGACGAUAUGCGAUGAGAAUGGCUUACCAAGAGGGAUCAUCAAUGCUAGUGAGCUCACCGGAUACCGCACCUCGCUAAUUGCCAUGAUCCCCUACAUAUGGCGGCGGAACACCGAAAACAUCGUCGUGUACGGUGCCGGCAAGCAGGCUCUCUGGCACAUCCGACUUGCGUUGGCUCUGCAGGGUAAUGAGAUUAAGUCCAUCAUCGUCGUGAAUCGUUCUGAGCCGAGGGCGAAAGAGAUGCUUGAUAAAGUCGCGCAGGAGAACAGCGCACGCUGGAAGUCCUCGGCUACGAUGAAGUACCUCGACCCUUCCGGUCCGGAGUUCGACCAGUCUUUGGAGACAGCAUUGGCAGAUGCCGAUGCCAUCUUCUGCACAGUGCCCUCCUAUAAGCCCUUAUUUCCGGCCAAGUAUAUUUUGGGCCAGGGGCAAAGGACGAAAAAGCCGUACGUCUCAGCUAUCGGCUCCUGGCAGCCCGACAUGAUAGAGCUCGAUCCGGACCUUGUAAAAAGUAUUGUUGACGAUACCGAAAAUGGAUUUCACCCGGAGCGCGACUCAGCAGGCGCCAUCUUAGUUGAUGAUCGGGAAACCAUCCUAACGCACGUCGGAGAAGCUGUGCAGAGCCAGUUGAAGUUAGACGAUAUGGUUGAAGUUGGCAAAAUCGCCCACUUGCGAGAACACGAUCCCGACCAAGCUCGGAAAGAGAAAUUAAAUCGAUGGCUCGAAGAAGGUCUCGUCGUAUACAAGAGCGUCGGCGUUAGCGUGACAGACCUCGCGGCCGGGGAGGCAAUCUUGGCACUGGAUAAGGAGAGAAAUAUAGGGUUUCAUUUACCAGAUUUCUAGAUACUUCUAUCUAGCGUAAAUAUCUGUCUUGAUUA